UUUACCUCAUAUUUCAUAUCGCACACAGUAGGUGUCUGUUCACAGCACCUUUAUUACAUGUGCAGAUAUGAGGAUAAUCUGUCAUUGUUAUGCAGGUGUGUAGAGUCUCUGCUGCGUCGCGGUGCGAACCCCAACAGGAUCGUCGGGGACGGAGUGUCAGCGGUGCAUUUAGCUGCAGGUAAAGAGUCUGAGAAAGGACUGCGCUGCCUCAAACUCAUUCUGCAGCACGGAGCGGAUCCGAACCUCAGGACGACUGAAAAUCUGACUCCUUUACAUAUUGCUGCGUCUUGGGGCUGUUUUCAGAAUCUCAGAUUUCUCUUAAGGAACGGUGGAAACCCAAACCUCACAGAUCAAAGUCCAACUAGCGGUUCAGUGCCCAGCGCUGAAAACAGUGCAAGUCCACCUUUGGCCAAACCCUGUGCCCACAAAUCAGAUUUGACUGUAGAGCAGUGUGGCUUCAGUGUUAGAAAUCAAAGUCUUACUUUUGUUGAUGAUGGAAACAGACAGCUGAAAGAAGGAGUCAGGAAACAUAUUGAACAAUCGAGUUUAUCCGCAACUGGCAGAGAUGCUGGUAAGGUUGCGGUGACCAGUACUGAAACUCAUUGUAUUCCAAGUCCAUUUGUCACUGGGAGAACAAGGUCCAGAUUGAGUCGUCAUUCGGAGAAAAUGAGCCAAAAAUUGGCUUCCUUUCAAGCCAGCUCUUGCCUCUUUGAACAGACGCUACCCACCGCUAUCCGAUUGCGCCGCAACACGGUUAAGUCGCCUUAUGGUUGGUCAAAGCACAGUUUUAAUAAAGACAAAAUGGAGGAUGUUGACUCCCAGUUGAGCUCUCUCAAAUUAUCUGUAAGCUCAGAUGGUCAAAGCCAAGCGGACACACUAAUCUUAUCGGACAGCAUGGCUGACACGGUGUUAAUUUCUGAAAGGAUUGUUGAAUCACAGUUGGAAACGAGUGUCAGUGAAGCUGGUAAUAAGGUAACCACUCCUGAAUGCUUGACUGGUAUGCAAGAAGUGAAGAAAACUGCAAAAGGAAUGCCACAGAUAAUCCCUACUGCUGUAGGAGACAAAGAGUCCAGUGUUACGUGUGGACUUGCCUCUCAAGGGUCUUUGCCGUUUCAGGUAGAUAACUCAGAAUCUGCCUCCAGUUUGAUGUAUGAAUCUCCAAAAGCACAGAAGAAUCCAGGUGCUAAUCCAGGGUGCUCUGGAUGUACUCCUCGGUAUAGCAUGAGCCGAUUGUCAGGCCGCUCGCGGCAGGCACUGGCAAACCUUUCUUGCACACCUGCUGGACAGCCCUUAACUACUGAUACGGAUGUACCUGUGGAAUACCUUUACACUGACACUGAAGAGGGCCAUAAGCUCAUUGAGACCCAUGUUCCCCCAACGGCCAAUACCUCCUUCAUUGCAGGUUACAGCCCAGAACUCGAAAAUGGGCUUCACAGAUUCGUACUUCCUAAUUGUCAAGCAGAUGAGCUCGCUCUGUGUGAGCAGUUUGAUAAGCCAGAUCAGAAUAAGAGAUGGCGUGAGGGUUUCAUUAAAUCCAGCUUUAACUACCUGCUGCUUGACCCACGGGUGACAAAGAAUCUACCAUAUCGAAGUCAGUCCAUGAAUCCUAAAGAAUGUUUUCAGACGUUCAUCAGUGCUGUUUUCUAUGUUGGAAAGGGCAAGCGUUCUAGACCUUACAGUCACCUCUAUGAAGCUCUGGAAUAUUUCAAAGGAGAUAAGACAUCGAAGAAACUCUGCUCAAAAGUGCAGCACAUCCUGCAGGUCUGGAAUGCAGGGCAUGGAGUGAUAUCCCUGCACUGUUUCCAGAACGUCAUUGCAGUGGAAGCCUACACACGUGAGGCCUGUAUGGUGGAUGCCAUCGGGCUGAAGAUGCUCACAAACCAGAAAAGAGGAGACUACUAUGGUGUGGUGUCAACUUGGCCUGUGCGGAGAAAACGUGAGUUAGGGGUUCACCUGUUGUACAGGGCAAUGCAGAUCUUU